UGACAUGCCACAAGUAAAUGUGACCCUCAGACCAAGAAAGGCCAGCCACUCCUGCUCUACAUGCUAUUUUGACUCCUGGGCCACCGUUGAAUGCUCCACACAAGGUUACUAAGAUUUUCUGCAUGCCCUCAGUAUGCUUUCAAACCAUCCUCAGCUUGUCUUGUAGCUGUGUGUCGCUGAUCUAAUGAUCCCUUGAUGCAAGAAACAUUCCUUCUUACCAGGUCACAUAACCGUAUUGAUGAGCUGCCCCGACACUCCAAAGAUGGUCUCUGUUUCUGAAAUUUCUUUGAAGAAUGUUAUGCCUUUUAAGACUCAUGUCUACAAGAAGACCUCUCAUGACAAAGCUGUUACGAUCUACAUAGGCAAGCGAGAUUUCAUUGACCAUGUAGAUGAGGUGGAACCUGUGGAUGGUGUGGUGUUGCUUGAUCCUGAUAUUGUAAAGGAUAAAAAAGUGUAUGUGACACUCACUUGUGCUUUUCGGUAUGGGCAAGAAGAUAUUGAUAUAAUGGGCCUGACUUUCCGGAAGGACCUCUAUUUUUGCAUGGUACAGGUAUAUCCAUCGCUAGAAAAACAGAGACCGCUCUCCAGCUUGCAGGAAUGCCUACUGAAUAAACUGGGUAAAAACGCACAUCCUUUUGUGUUAACAAUUCCAGACUAUCUACCUUGUUCAGUAUGCUUGCAGCAUCCCAAGGAUGUCGAGAAGUGCUGCGGGGUGGAUUUUGAGGUCAAAGCGUUCUCGACAGAAAAUGUGGAAGAGAAGGUUCUCAAGAGGAACUCCACACGCCUGCUGAUCCGCAAAGUCCAGUAUGCUCCAGAAGUGCCAGGACCCCAGCCUCAUGCAGAGACCAGCUGGCAUUUUUUCCUGUCAAAGAAACCAUUGCACCUGAAGGCAUGCCUCAGCAAAGAGGUCUUUUACCAUGGUGAGGCAAUCCCUGUUACGGUGACUGUGAUCAACAAUUCAGAUAAGGUGGUUAAGAAGAUCAGUGUAUCAGUGGAACAAGUUGCCAAUGUGGUCCUGUACUCCAGUGAUUUCUACACCAAGACAGUAGCUCUGGAAGAGGCAGAGGAAAAGAUACAGCCCAACUGCAUCAUCUCAAAGACUAUAACAGUUCUGCCUUUGCUGUCAAACAAUCGAGUAAAACUAGGCAUAGCCCUGGAUGGGAAGUUAAAAGAUGAAGACACCAACUUGGCUUCUAGUACCAUUAUUAAAGAUGGGCUAGACAAGACAGUUCUGGGGAUCCUGGUUGCUUACAAGAUAAAGGUGAAGCUCACGGUCUCAGGCCUGCUAGGAGAUUUCAUUUCCAGCGAGGUGGCCAUGGAACUGCCCUUCCGUCUCAUGCACCCCAAGCGAGAGGAGGAAAACACAACAGGUCAGUAGGAUAUCAUUGCCCUUGCUUGGGGCAUUGUUUAUAAUAUUCUGAUGAUACCCUUAGUCUUUUUGAAAAGCUAGAAGAUUAUUCUUCCAUUGAAAUGGUAAGCAGCUCUAAGGGAGAUUUUAAUCACAGGGAGGGGUGUUUUCAGAUGGAGUAGAAGGAGGGAUGCUAUUAGAUGGUUCUCCUUUCAUAUUUUCCAGUAGACGUUCUUGUGCUCUUGAAGCACAAUCCUAUGCAUGUCUCCGCAAAAGUCCCAUUGAGUUC